AUGCCUCGAGUCUUUACUUUCGCUCUUUUGCUCGGUCUCCUCACCCAGGUGGUGCUCUGUCAGGACACUAACCUAAGGGAGGUAAAGCAAGCAUUCGACGACGCUAACAUAUCGAUCUCCCGUUUUGACCCUAUGUUCCUCCUUGAAGUCUCGCUCCCCCAAACAUCAUGCCCUGCUGUCGUACUCAAGGCGGGCGUCCAGCUUCCUCGCAAUGCAACCGUCGGACCGCCUUUAUUUGCCCUCUCUGGAUAUGGCAUCAGGGAUGGGCCCUUUGUCGUCGCAGCUGUUGACCCCGACGCUCCCACUCCGCAGAAUCCCAAAUUCGGCACUUCCUCGGAGGAAACUUCGAACCAACCCGCCGCUUUCCAGGUCGCGCCAUCCUAA